UUAUUGUGCACUAAGCAGUAGUUUCAUAAACUUCAGUCCUAAAGAUUAAGAAAAGAAUAUGCUGAGUAAACUCCCCUCUCAUGGCCAGAUGGCAAGCUUUAAGAAGCUUUUGACAAAUAACUUUAGCACAACUCAAAAACAGUUGAAUACCGAAUCCCUAAUCAGAGCUUCCGCUGCUCAGAUGGAUCAUAUGACAGAUAUAGGGAGCAGGAGCAUAUUCAGUCCAGAGCAGGAUAUGUUCAGACAAUCUGUCAGGAAGUUUAUGCGUGAGGAAAUUCAACCUUUACAGGAGAGUUUUGAGUUGGCUGGCCAACCUUCUAGAGAAGCAUGGGCCGCAAUGGGAGCUAACGGUUUACUUGGAGUUAACAUUCCUGCAGAGGUUGGUGGCAUUGGAGGUUCAUUUACUGAUGAGGCGAUAGUUCAUGAAGAGAUGUCUUAUGCUUUUUCUCCAGCUAUGGAUGUCGGAAUACACUCAACAAUUGUUAUGCCCUAUCUUCACCAUUAUGGAACCAAAGAGCAGCAAGAGCGCUAUAUACCAGCAAUGGCUGCUGGAACUCUUCUUGGAUCAUUGGGAAUAACGGAACCAGAUGCUGGAUCAGAUAUGCAAGGAAUCAGAACGAAGGCCAGACGUGAUGGCUCUGAUUGGAUUAUCAACGGGAGCAAGAUUUAUAUUACUGGAGGCUGGCUUUGUGAUGUAUGUCUUGUUGUGGCCAAAACAAAGCCAGAUGCAUCCAAGGCAGCUCAUGGUAUCUCUUUGUUCCUAGUUGAUGCUAACCUGCCUGGAUUCCACAAGGGGAAAAAGCUACAGAAGCUUGGUCUAAAAGGUCAAGACACUGCUGAGCUGUUUUUUGAAGAUGUCCGUGUACCAUCCUCAGCUUUACUUGGCAAAGAAAAUGGAGGAUUCUACCAACUGAUGGACCAGCUACCUCAAGAGAGGCUUGUGAUUGCUGUUAUUUCGACGGCUCUCUGUGAAGCAAUCUUUGAAGAGACAAGAAGCUGGGUAAAGCAGAGAAAAGCAUUCGGUCGAAAGGUCUCUGAUCUUCAAACGGUUCAGCACAAGCUUGCGGAACUCAAGACCUCCAUUGCAGUGUGUCGUGCGUUUAUUGACCAAUGCCUUGAGCUUCAUGAUAAAAAUCAGCUGUGCUCUGAGAUGGCCAGCAUGUUUAAGUACUGGGCAACUGACCUUGAGAACAAGGUUGCUGGAGACUGUCUUCAGCUUCAUGGAGGCUGGGGUUUCAUGUGGGAGACUACAAUUGCCAAGGUUUAUGCUAAUGCUAGAGUGAAGACCAUCUAUGGAGGAACAAAUGAAAUCAUGAAAGAACUCAUUGCAAGAAAAAUUACUAAAAAUUAAAAUAUAUGAUAAUUAAAUCAA